AUGGCGGCCGCAUCAGCUUCGGCGCCGAUGCCGUACACCGUCGACGGCGCAGGACCCAGCCGUCAGCCGGUCGACUUUUCCGCCGCCCUGUCCACGUGGAGAGACAUCAACCUCGUCGAGCUCCAGUCCCAACUCAACACGCUCGCGCCCGAGCUCCUCCAGGCACAGACCGCAGCUGUCGCCAACCGCAAGAAGCUCGCAGACCAGACGAGGGAGUUCAAGAAGCAGCCCGACGCCAACAAGCUCGAGAGCUUCAAGCCGCUCCUCAAAGCCUACCAGUCCGAGAUCGACACGCUCACAAAGCGGUCCAAGGCGGCAGAGAAUGCCUUCCUCAACGUCCACUCCGCGCUCGGCUCCGCACCAGAUCCGUAUCCGCUCCUCGAGGUCACGCUCGAACAGGCCGCCUCGCUCAACGACCUCGAAAGCCUCAAGCAAGCCAACGCCAAGCUCACGCGCGACCUCGCCCAGCACCAAUCGCGCUCCGACGCAGCCAAGGCGCAAGACACCGAGAACGCGCGUCUCCAGCAGCGCAUCCGCGCACUCGAGCAGGACUUCGAUGCAAGGCUAAAGCAGAGCACAGCCGCACUCGAGCGAGAGCUCUCGGCCAAGUGGGACGAGAGGAUACGCAACCUCAACGAGCGCGAGGCGGAUCUUACAAAGUCACUCAACCUCGCCCAGGAGCAGCUGCAGCAUCUCAAGUCCAAAGACGACUCGGCCACUGCACAGCUGCUCGGUAGCACGCACCCGGACGACCUCGACGACGCCGAUCCGACCCAGCGCAAUGGCAAGGCCAAUCUGGCCGCCGAGGUCGAGCUGCUCUCGCGCGACUUGGACCGCGCGCAUGCGCGCGUCGAGAGCGUCGAACGCCGCAACGAGCAGCUGCGCGCCGAAGUCGAGAGCGUAAAGAGCGGCCGCCAGGAGAGCGACAAGCUGUCGCUGCUCGAGGCCGAGUCGCAGCAGAAGGACCGCAACCUCGUCCAGCUCCAGGCAUCGCUCGAACACGAGCGACAGCGUGCAACCGAGCUCAGCGCGCAGCUCGACUCGUCGCGCCAAGCGCAGCGCAAGCAGAUCACCGACAAGGACGCCGAGAUCGAGUCGCUGCGCACCAAGCUCCACCAGCGCAGCGACUACGCCGACAUCAAGCGCGAACUCGACAUUGUCAAGGCGAUCCAUUUCAGUGCAGAGGACGACGAAGACACGCCCAACACCGACGACAAGCGCGCAGCAUCCGCCUCGGGCACUGCCGCCUCCUCGCCAAGCCUCGAGGCGCUGCUGUUGAACAAGAAUAAGCGCCUCGAGGAUCAGCUCGCCACGCUGCGCGUUGCCAACACCGAGCUGUCGGCUUCGCUCGACAAGGCCGCCUCCGACCUGGCUUCCCUCACCGCAGAGCUCGCGCAGUCAAAGACACUCAACCAGCGCCUCGAGGCGGACCUCGUCUCGGUCGGCCGCGAGAGUCGCUCGGGCGCCAAAAACACCGCCGCCAUGAGUGCCGAGGACGCUCUGCGCCAGAUCGAAUCGCUCGAGGCCGAAGUCAGCCAGACACACACGACCAAGCCACGAGCGUCCACGUCGGCGCGCGCAGUGCCAGCCUCUGCUGAGGCGGCGACGACGACGACGAGCUCCGGCGGCGACAGCAGCAUCCUCACCAUCAUCACCUCUCAGCGCGAUCGUUUCCGCAGCCGCAACGCCGAGCUUGAAGAAGAGCUGCGCAGCCAGUUCGACACGAUCAGUGAGCUGCGUGCCGAGAUCAAGACGCUGCAGUCGGACAACCUGGCGCUUUAUGAAAAGAUGCGCUACUUGCAGAGUUUCUCGGGGCGGCAGCAGGGGGGAGGAGGAGCGCGGUCCGAGGCGGUGAUUCAAAUGGGCAGUGGGGGGACGGAUGCAUCGGGUGCCUAUCCACCCGCCCGCACUGGUGGCGACGACAAGUACCGCGCAAAGUACGAGGAGGCCAUGAAUCCCUUUGCGGCCUUCCGGGGUCGCGAGCAGACGCGCGCCAUGGCACAGCUCAACCCGCUCGAGCGAGCGCUGCACGUGCUUACACGCCUCGUCGUCAGCCAUCGCCGCAUGCGCGUUGUCUUCAUGGCGUACGCCAUCGGGCUCCACCUCCUCGUACUGGGCAUGCUGUUUGAGGUGUCGGCUACCUCGUCCGCUCAGACUUGUUCAGUGCCGCACUGA